AUGUAUCCACAAGGCCGGCAUCCGGCACCUCACCAGCCAGGGCAGCCUGGCUUCAAAUUCACUGUGGCAGAGUCAUGUGACAGAAUUAAAGACGAAUUCCAGUUCCUGCAGGCUCAGUAUCACAGUCUUAAAGUGGAGUACGACAAGCUGGCCAACGAAAAGACCGAGAUGCAGCGCCACUAUGUCAUGUAUUACGAGAUGUCUUAUGGGCUCAACAUUGAGAUGCACAAACAGACUGAGAUUGCAAAACGCCUCAAUGCAAUUCUGGCUCAGAUAAUGCCAUUCUUGUCACAAGAGCAUCAACAGCAGGUUGCUCAAGCUGUUGAGCGAGCUAAACAGGUGACAAUGACUGAGCUGAAUGCUAUCAUCGGGGUACGUGGACUUCCCAAUCUGCCUCUCACUCAGCAGCAGCUACAGGCCCAGCACCUCUCCCAUGCCGCACACGGACCUCCUGUACAGCUGCCUCCUCACCCUUCAGGUCUACAACCUCCAGGUAUCCCCCCUGUGACGGGUGCUGGCGCUGGCCUGCUCGCACUUGGUGCUCUUGGCAGCCAAGCUCACUUGCCAGUAAAGGAUGAAAAGAACCAUCAUGACCUGGAGCACAGAGAACGGGAAUCGAGCACGAAUAAUUCUGUGUCGCCGUCCGACAGUCUACGGGCAGCAAGUGAAAAGCACCGUGGCUCAUCAGAUUAUGGACUUGACCCAAAGAAACGCAAAGUGGAUGACAAGGACAGCAUGAACAGAUAUGAUAGUGAUGGAGACAAGAGCGAUGACUUGGUGGUGGAUGUUUCUAACGAGGAUCCGGCAACCCCUCGAGUGAGCCCUGCUCACUCGCCUCCAGAAAAUGGCCUAGAUAAAUCACGGGUUCUAAAGAAAGAUGCUGCACCCAACAGCCCAGCAUCUGUGGCGUCCUCAGGAAGCACGCCAUCCUCAAAAGCAAAGGACCACACCCAUUUGAAUGAUAAGUCUUCUACACCAAGCCUGAAGUCCAACACACCCACACCAAGAAAUGAGGCACCCACACCAGGAACAAGCACCACUCCUGGGCUGAGGCCUCUGACUAUGGGCAAACCUCCUGGCAUGGAGGCAUUAGCUGCUCCUGCCCUUCGCACUCCACUGUCUAUCGCGGGUUCCUAUGCUACCCCCUUUGCCAUGAUGGGUCAUCAUGAGAUGAAUGGAUCCCUGACCAGCCCGGGCGUCUAUCCUGGUCUGAUUUCACCUCAGAUGAGUGCUGCGGCUGCUGCCGCUGCUGCUUAUGGACGCUCACCAAUUGCAGGAUUUGACCCUCAUCCCCACAUGAGAGCUCCAGGCCUGCCAACCAGCCUACCUUCCAUUUCGGGAGGAAAGCCGGCUUAUUCUUUUCAUGUGAGUGCAGACGGUCAGAUGCAGCCUGUGCCCUUCCCUCCAGAUGCACUGAUAGGCCCGGGCAUCCCACGGCACGCUCGUCAGAUCAACACACUGAGCCACGGGGAAGUUGUUUGCGCCGUCACCAUUAGCAACCCCACUCGUCACGUCUACACGGGCGGCAAGGGCUGUGUGAAGAUCUGGGACAUCAGCCAACCAGGCAGCAAGAGCCCCGUGUCCCAACUUGACUGCCUGAAUAGGGACAAUUACAUCCGCUCCUGCAAGCUGUUGCCUGACGGUCGCACUCUGAUCGUGGGUGGUGAGGCCAGUACGCUGACCAUCUGGGACCUGGCAUCUCAGACCCCACGUAUUAAGGCGGAGCUUACCUCCUCUGCCCCGGCCUGCUACGCACUGGCUAUAAGUCCUGAUGCGAAGGUCUGCUUUUCCUGCUGCUCAGAUGGUAACAUCGCUGUGUGGGACCUCCACAAUCAGACCCUCGUCAGGCAGUUCCAGGGCCACACAGAUGGAGCCAGCUGUAUCGACAUCUCGCAUGAUGGCACCAAGCUCUGGACUGGCGGACUGGAUAACACGGUCCGCUCCUGGGACUUGAGAGAAGGGCGGCAGCUACAGCAACAUGACUUUACCUCACAAAUUUUCUCUCUAGGCUACUGUCCAACUGGAGAAUGGUUGGCUGUGGGCAUGGAGAGUAGCAACGUGGAGGUUUUGCACCACACUAAGCCUGAUAAGUACCAGCUACAUCUUCAUGAAAGCUGCGUCCUCUCACUGAAGUUCGCCUACUGUGGUAAAUGGUUCGUAAGUACAGGGAAGGACAAUCUGCUGAACGCAUGGAGGACUCCCUAUGGUGCCAGCAUAUUCCAGUCCAAAGAGUCGUCGUCGGUCCUUAGCUGCGACAUCUCAGCAGAUGACAAAUACAUCGUGACUGGUUCCGGUGACAAGAAGGCCACAGUCUAUGAGGUCAUCUACUAG